AUGUCUCAACAAGCAGCUGCUCUACAGACCUAUAACAAUGAACUCGUCAAGUGUUUUGAUGACUUGUUUUCCAAGAGGGAACGGUUGAGGAAUCAGAUCAAGCAAGAAGAAGAGAUUAAGGAACAGCUCCAUUGUGACAUCCACAAUCUCUCGGAGAAGCUGAACAAAGUUAAUAAAAGCCUGGCACAAAAAACGGCUGCAUAUGACACCAUCGAACGCACCAUUUCAGAGACGCAGUCCGCAUACACAAAGAUCUUGGAGAGUUCACAGUCUUUACUGAGUGUCAUGAAGCAGGCUGGCAACCAGUGA